AUGACUCGAGACUUAGGCACAACUAAUGGAGCAUGGACCAAUACCUCUGUUCAAGUACACGGGAGAAAGUACAACUUACCUCAACGGCCAACAGUCGUAGUAUGCGUCGAUGGUUUCGACCCCGAAUACCUUCAGGCUGGAAUUGCUGAUGGCAUCACCCCAAAUCUAGCGCGAUUUGUUCAGGAGGGCUUUUCGACCGUCGCUCAAUGUGCCAUGCCGUCCUUCACCAACCCCAAUAAUGUAUCCAUCGUCACGGGAGCACCAACUGCGGUUCAUGGCAUUAGCGGCAACUUUUACCUCGACAAAAAAACAAAGGAAGAGAUCAUGAUUGUCGAUGAUUCACAGCUCCGGGGAACUACUAUAUUGGAACAGCUCUCCAAGAGCCGAGUCCGAGUUGCGGCAGUGACGGCCAAGGACAAGCUCAGAAAAUUAAUUGGCCAUGGCCUCGAUAUCCAAGGUGGCGCACUCUGCUUUUCCGCAGAAAAGGCAAACACUUGCACUCUUUCCGAACACGGUUUGUCCGAUGUCGAGAGGUGGAUCGGCCGUCCAACGCCAUCCCAAUACUCAGGCGACCUGUCGUUGUUCGUCAUGGAUGCCGGUAUCAAGGUUCUCGAGGAAGACAGAGCAGAUUUUUUGUAUCUUACCCUCUCAGACUUUGUUCAACACCACAGUGCUCCCCAGUCCGAGGCUUCGAACGACUUCUACAGGGCAUUGGACAGCCGUCUUGGUAGAUUGGCCGAACUUGGAGCGGUGAUUGCCAUUACUGGCGACCAUGGCAUGAGCGACAAGGCUGAUGAGCACGGAAACCCCAAUAUCUUGUUUCUUCAAGACGCCCUCGAGGAAAAGUGGGGACAAUCAUGUGCCCGGGUGAUCUGUCCCAUAACCGAUCCUUUUGUCAAGCACCAUGGAGCCCUGGGUUCCUUUGUUCGAGUCCACCUUGCUGACGAUCAAAUUGCCAAGCAAGUAACUGCAUUCUGUCAGGCAAUGCCUGCGGUCGAGCUUGCAAUGGAGAGAAAGGCUGCAGCCGAGCUCUUUGAUAUGCCGGCAGACCGCGAAGCUGAUGUGGUCGUGGUGGCCAAAAAGAGCUUUGUGAUUGGCAGUUGUGCGAAAGACCACGAUCUGUCUACCAUUGCCGGCCAUCGUCUGCGUUCACAUGGUGGGCUUUCAGAGCAGAACAUCCCUCUCAUUCUUUCAGUACCAUCGAAGGAGGCCCCUGGAUCGCGUGUCUCGUGGAGGAACUUUGACGCCUUCCACUUGGCGUUGAAUACUGUGUCUGUGUGA